CGUCAGUUAGUAGCGACUGCAACGUCGUCCCAACAGGUUCUGUUCUUGCCGCCCGGUAUAAACGUCAACCCAUCCCAGUGGAAGAGAGUUAUAUUCCACGGGCAAACAAAGGGGAUCUAUAGAUAAACUAUUUUAUAGUACACACAGCUCACUUCCAGAGCGCCAGUUAGCAACAACACAUCAAAAAAUGACACCCAAUAAAUCAGUGGAAAAUGCUGAUUCAGAAAUUGAAACAAUACCCGGCACUUGCGAUUCGGGAUGGACAGCGUGCUGGAAACAGCGCACGCUCCCCGAAAAACUGCUCCUGUCAGCGAUUGCCAUUAUUUUUAUUGGUUUCUUCGUGGCUAUGAUAGUUUUAGUUGAAAUCUAUCUGAGAUUAGAGGAUCGACUUUUAACGGCUGGAAACAAAUCGUUCAUCGUCACGGACGAUGUGAUCCCUGUAGGAUCGCUAAUUGGCAACCUGACACGGGAACCGGAUAUGUGCGUGUCAUUGGAAUGCGUAGAAGCAUCAGCGCGGAUUCUAACAGCGCUGGAUACGAAAGCCGAUCCGUGCGACGAUAUGGCCCAAUUCGCUUGCGGUGGUUGGCUCGAACGACAAGCCCGAACGCCUGGUGGUAAAGACGUCGUCCUGGUAUUAGAGAAUCUUCAAGCUUCGGUCGAUCACCAAUUGAAAUUAAUGCUGGAAAGCCCAACGAAACCGGAUGAAAUCAAAGCCAACGACAAAGUUCGCAGUUAUUUCGCGUCGUGCAUGGCUGAUCGUCAGGACCAAGUUCGUCACGCUUCCGUGAAAAAAGCCGUUGACGAACUCGGAUUCAUUGCCGCACCAUCGGAAUGGGAUCCAGCUCAAUGGGACCUAACGGAGUUGAUCGGAAAAAUCCUGAACGUGAACGGAGCACCGCUUUUUGAUCUCGUCGUGCAAGUUGACGAUCGCAACACUUCACGUUACGUGUUGAGUGUAACUUUGCCCAGGCAGAGUGGCAUCGUUCCGCAAUUCCAUUCGCCUGUUCCGCGCGACCUCUUGCAUCAACUGAACGUCAUUCGAGAAAAGAAAGAAAGGCACAGAGUGAAAAGACAAUUCCUAGGCAUGGGUGAUGGCCAACUGGAUAAUCACGAUGAAUUUCCUGAUUUCGCCAUAUUUGAAUCGUUGAACCAUCCUGAUCCAUCUCAGGACCUUGAUAACCAAUUUCUACCAGACGCCAAUUUCCUCCAAUCGAUUCAGCAAUUGUCGAGAGACGCUAGGGCUUCAGCAGCCUUCCGGUUAAUGCAGGACCUUGGGGCUUUCAAUUCUUUCUCUGGUGCCAAUGAUUACAGGAAGGAGGAAUCGGCCAUCCGCCGAGUAAUAUCUUCCAUCGAUCACCUGUUGCCCAGCGAUCGAGACCGAAAACUCAAGCAGCAAAGUUCCAAAAUACUCAACUAUUACACAGUGGAUUUGCUCCAACAACAUUUUGGCUUUAUCAACUGGCCCGUUUUGUUGCGGAAAACAUUUAGAAAAGAUGUUCCUAUGGAUACAACGGUGGUUGUUCAUUACCCGGACAUCCUUCAUCAAAUCGAGGCGAUUGUGAACGUGACAGAACCGAGAAUCCUGCACAACACUUUGCUAAUGUUAGUGGUGCGUGAUCUCGCUUUGGAGCUCUUCAAAGCACCACCUGGCAUGGACAAAUGGUCGUUUUGCAUCCAGGCAGUUAAAGGAGGAUUCGGUGAGAUUCUCAGCGGCAUCUAUCUGCAACAUUUCACUCCCGCUCAGCUAGAAAACUACCGAGUUAAGGCUGAAGAGAUGUUUGUGGCUCUUAAGGAAUCGGUAAUUGAAAUGAUUCAACAGUCCAGUUGGCCAGACUCAAUCACCAAAGUGAAAGCCUUGAAUAAAGCUCGCAAUUUAAAACCAAAUUUGGUGGCGCCUUCCAUUUUCUUCAAUCAAACUUUUCUUGAAAGCAUGGCGGCUCAGGUGAACAUCGAUGGACUGGAUUUCGUAGCGAGUACCUGGCAAAUGUACCAACUCUUCCGACGUGAUUUUUUCGACAUUUACGGCAAACCGGUUGAUGAAACAACUGUGACGUGGCAAAUGCUUGCGUAUCCGAUGAUUGCCAACGCGUUUUACUUGCAGCAUUUUAACAGCAUGGUGUUACCCCUCGGACUGUUGCACGAUCCGCUUUUUUCUCUGGACACGCCCAACUACCUCGGAUUGGGUACUCUUGGCUUCAUCGUAGCUCACGAGAUCAUGCACGGUUUCGACAAUUCCGGUGUCGAAUUCGACGAGGAAGGAGUCAGGCGGAAUUUACUUAGCCCGUCUUCGCAACGGUUGUUCCAGCAGAAAAUGACGUGCGUCAGCAAUCAAUUCUCCAACGCCUUCCGCACUGAAUAUUCCAUUAACGGAACUAGCAUUGUUCUCAAGGUGGAUGGCGAACUGACGUUAAAUGAGAACGUCGCAGAUUUGGGAGCCAUUAAAGCCAUUGUGGCAACGCAAAGAAGAAUGGCCCGUGAGAAGGGAUCCCAACCAAAUUUACCCGGUUUAAACUACACACAUGAGCAAAUCAUGUUGAUCAAUGCUGCUCAGGCUUAUUGCGCCCUGAUUACUCCGCAAGCUUACGCUCUGAUUCUCGGUAUGGACGAGCACGCUCCACCUCACGAUCGAGUCAACGGUUUCAUGAUGAACUUACCCGAAUACGGACGGAUUUUCAACUGUCCGGCCGGAACGCGCAUCAAUCCUAAAAAGAAAUGUUCCGUCUGGUAGAGAAACCCGAGUCACCUAAAUCAUUACAAUUGUGAUUAAUCAUUCUCCUAUGUAAAUAAUGAAUAUCAUUGAUAUUGUUGCGUAUUCAUCCUACGCCGUGUCCGGAGAAAGGAAAUCCUGAUGUCAGGCACAAUAGUCUGUCAUCCGCUCCGAGCUCUAUCUGUGAACAUGUACAAGUCUCAUUUUCCGCUUUGGCAUCGGCUCGGACAUUAUUCUUUUUUAUUUGUCGUUUCAUAUCCAUUAUUUCUUCUAUCGAGCUGUUAUAAUCACGGUGUGCGAGUAUAUAUGUAUACGUGUGCAGGUCACUUGAAAAUACAGGUACAUGCAUCGCUCAAAA